UAAACCGUGAAGUAGAAACAAGUUAUUCAUGUAGUCCAUAAUGCAGACUUUUACAGAAGAAAAAAAGACUCUCAGGUGUAAAAGUCCGACUAACCCUUAACCAUGUGACGUGCGGCUGCGCUAUUGUUCACGCAGCCAGUGACAGUUGCAGCGACCGAAUCGGAUUAAACUACAAGUACCACCCAUCACCACGUCUGUCUCAGGGUGCCAGGUUCACUGGGCUUGGCAGGAAAAACGUGCACUUCAGGCCCCGCGCCUGCUCUGUUUUUUACACCUCGUAUCUGGCAACGCCUGCAGGUCCUCGCAUUGCUGUCGUCACUGAGGUCGGGUAGAAGGAGCGAAGAUGGCGACUUGCUACGAGAGAUACAAUCUGCACACGACCCCUGAGAAGUUCUUCAUCGAGGCCUGCGAUGAGGGUGCCGAUGCUGUGCUGGCAAUCGACAGGGUCUCGAACGAGAUGACCCUCACAGGUAAAAAGGACGUUCCUCCCUCUGCAGUUACCAGGCCUAUCUGUGGCAUCAUGGGAACUAUCCGCCUGGUAGCAGGGAUGUACCUCGUUGUCAUCACCAGGAAGAGAAAUGUCGGCAGCCUUCUGGGCCACGCUGUGUGGAAGGCUGCGGACUUUGACGUGAUCUCUUAUAAGAAGACAGUGCUGCAUCUGUCUGAGAUACAGUCUCAGGAGAAUAAGACCUUCCUCUCUAUGCUGAACAAUGUGCUGACCACGGACGGCUUCUACUUCUGCACCGACUUCGACUUGACGCACACACUGCAGCGGCUCGCCAACACCAGCCCUGACUUCCAGGAGAUGAGUCUGCUUGAGAGGGCUGAUCAGAGGUUUGUGUGGAACGGGAACCUGCUGAGAGAGCUGGCUGGGCAGCCCGAGCUUCACAAGUUUGCCCUUCCCGUCAUCCAUGGAUUCAUCGUCAUGAAACCGUGCCGUAUAAAUGGGAAGAUCUUUGAGUGGAUCCUCAUAUCGAGGAGAAGCUGCUUCCGGGCUGGCGUCAGAUACUACGUGAGAGGCAUCGACUCUGAAGGCCACGCUGCUAACUUUGUGGAGAGUGAGCAGAUCGUUUUGUAUGAGGGAGCAAAGGCUUCAUUUGUGCAGACACGAGGCUCGAUGCCCUUUUAUUGGAGUCAGAGACCCAACCUCAGAUACAAACCCAAACCUAUAAUCAGCAAAACCACAAAUCAUAUGGACGGCUUCCAGAGGCAUUUCGACUCUCAGCUCCUCAUCUAUGGGAAGCAAACGAUUCUGAACCUGGUGAAUCAGAAGGGCUCAGAGAAGCCACUGGAGCAGGCCUUUGCUAGGAUGGUGUCUGGCAUGAAUAAUGAUAUGCUCAAAUACAUAGCCUUCGACUUCCACAAAGAGUGCAGCCACAUGAGGUGGGACCGUCUCCAGAUCCUAGUGGAUGCUGUUGCUGACAAACAAGAGGAAUACGGGUACUUCAUGGUGAACUCGGAGGGAAAGACGGUGGCCCAGCAGAAAGGCGUGUUCCGCAGUAACUGCAUGGACUGCCUGGACAGGACCAACGUCAUCCAGAGCCUGCUGGCUCGACGCUCGCUGCAGUCUCAGCUUCAGAGGAUGGGGGUUCUGAAUGUGGGGCAGCGCAUUGAAGAGCAGGCCGAGUUUGAAAAGAUCUACAAGAACGCAUGGGCUGACAAUGCCAAUGCAUGCGCUGUACAGUAUGCAGGAACUGGAGCCUUAAAAACAGACUUCACAAGGACAGGGAAGCGGACCAGGUGGGGGCUGCUGAUGGAUGGCUGGAACUCGAUGAUCCGUUAUUACAAAAACAACUUCUCUGAUGGAUUCAGACAGGACUCCAUCGACCUGUUCCUGGGUAACUUUGCUGUCGAUGAGUCGGAUGGACCCACUCCGCUUCGUGUGCAAAAGGACUGGAAGUUCCUCACACUGCCCAUCAUUAUGCUGGUGGCAUUUUCCAUGUGCAUUGUCUGUCUUCUCAUGGCUGGUGAUACAUGGACAGAGACCCUGGCUUAUGUGAUGUUCUGGGGGGCUGCAAGUGCAAUUACAGCCACUAUCAUCCUGUUUAAUGGCCAAGACUUUGUGGACGCCCCCAAGUUGGUUCACAAGGAGAAGAUGGACUAAGUGUGUGCUUGUGUAUGUGAGGAUGAGCUGGGUCCGGCGGGCUCGUAUACCUCAUCAUCUUCACCUUCGGCAGGUCUGGAGUCCGUGUUGCCCUCUGGACUUUCUCAUACAAAACAGUCUCUGUCUUCUGUCUGCAGCACAUUUGACCACCUCCAGUUGUACUGCACGCACUGCGUACCGUGCUUUUCAUCUAAUUUCGUUUCCCUUGGUCCCCAGGCUUUAGUUUGCCGUUGGUUUAGUUAGCUUGGUUUCUUUGGUGUUGGUUGUUUCCAUGACUACACUACCAUUGUGUUUCCCUUUGUUUGGGCUUGUUUGUGCUUUCUUUCCUCGUACGUUAGCUUCAACAGUCGUGGUGAUGAAACAUGCAUAUAUUAAAACCUGUUGUAUUGCAAUGAAAAGUAUGCACUCUGGAAGUUUUGAAUGUAAUGAGCCUUACUUGUGUAUUAAUUAUAUAACUAUGUGGCCAAUCUGUCUUCCUAUGAAGCGACCUUAGAAAAGCGUCGGUGACCUUGUUCUUUGUAGAAGCACAAACUGUGGCCCCACACACCUGUAACUGACAGAGCCGUCAGUGGUAAACGUUUGGCUUCAGUGUUACAGGCUCCUACAUCUCAGCCUGAUCUUUGAUUUGCUCCAUUUCAGCAUUAUACAGGGUCAAGAAUGAGGGUCUCAUCUGAGCCACCUGCAGGUGACCACAGCAAUGCACACUACAGCGUACUGCUUUAUGUGUAUGGCACGAUAUCAUCAUUGGGUUGAUUGAGUCCAGUGGGUUUUGGGCCUCCAUGGCUGAGGCUUGCCUUGGUGAUCAAACGUGCCCUCGGUCUUUGUGCAUGUUUCGCUAGAUUAAAUGAAUGCCAGGAACCAAAGUUUCUGGCAAAAGUUCGACGGUAACCAGGCAGUCAUGUUGUCCUCUUCACCUGCAGUGGUUUCAGGUUGACCUGUAGCAGCAUGUCUGCAUCACUGUUGCAGGUUUUCAGAGUUGGUGCUGGAUGUAGCGGAAAAAUGACAACCUCCUCCUUUUCCCAAGUACAGUCAGGUGUGACAGACAGAGUAACGUUCUUACUGUAGUUUGAGAAUACCAAAUAAUUUAAUUGUUAAAACAUUCUGUGGAUUUAUUCUUAAGGUGCAGCUUUCUUGGUCAUUAACCCUGGACACCAUCUUAAACCAGUCGUUACCUUGGUUAUGGUCCUCGUUCGUUCGAGAUGAGGCACAGGGUCACACCUCAUCAUGUGUCCACGACCCGAGAUCACUCGUUCCCAUGGAGCUGCCAGUGAGCUCAAAUGUUCGGUCUAGCUACUUCUUCACCAGCUUAUACAGUAUGCAAUCAGCUGUGAACUCUGAACACAUCCUUGUAUAUUUUGAAAAGGACAUUUGUAUUAGAAUAGACUGAGCGAUGGUUUGAUCUGGACGCUGCAGCUCUCUGUCUUUCCUCUGACCACAUGCAGCGAUCUGAAGGGUCCGUACUUUCUUCUGUCCAACAGUGGAGCCAGUGACAGGAGCUCAAUAUGUGGUUCAUGUGUUUUCACGGCUCGGCGGCGAGUCACGCUCGUUUUCUUUAUUUCAUGUUGUGGUUUUAGAAAAAUGUGACAAACACAUUUCAGAAACAUUUGUCAUGUUAGGACGUAAUAACAAGAUUCUCUCUUUUAUGAUCUUUAAUACUCUGUAAGCUCUCUGUGAGUAGUACGCACAUCGUCUCCACACAGACGAUGAUCUCUGUGAAGUACAGCUGACUUUGGUGUUUUUAUGUCUGACUGUUGCUGAUAAUCGUCACAUAUUGGGAACACUGGGAGUGUACGACUAUAAACAACACGUCCUGUCUCUGUUUUGUGGUGGAAAAUGAUCUCGUGCUUCUUCAGCACUCUCCUUCCAGGACCAGACUUUAUCUUUGUUAAUAAACUGGACACGCAGAUGUUACAGCA